AUGUACAUUAAAAAAGUAGCCAUUAUCGGUGCAGGCGCCAGUGGGUUGACCGCCAUAAAAUGCUGCCUUGACGAAGGUCUGGUACCCACAUGUUACGAGCGUUCAGAGGAUCUUGGUGGACUUUGGAACUAUAAGGAUGAUGUGAGACCUGGCCAGGGUAGCGUCAUGAAGUCAACAGUGAUCAACGUAAGCAAGGAAAUCAUGUGUUACAGUGACUUCCCGAUACCAGCUGAGUUCCCAAUGUUCAUGCACAACACGUAUGUGUUGCUGUACUUCAAAAUGUACGCAAAACAGUUUGGGCUCGAAAAUUACAUCCAGUUUUGUACAGAGAUUGUGUCCGUAAAAAGGAGCAAAGAGUUCAGCUCUACAGGGCAAUGGGUUAUAACAGUCAAACACAAAACUACAGGUAAAGAGGAGGAGCAUGUGUAUGAUGCUGUGCUGGUCUGUUCAGGUCACCAUGCCGAUGUACAUAUCCCACAAUUCCCUGGACUCGACAGGUUUAAGGGCAAGGUCCUGCACUCGCACGACUUCAGGCACACGGCAGGCUACGAGGCUAAGAGAGUCCUCAUUGUCGGGAUAGGUAACUCUGGUGGGGACGUAGCGGUAGAACUGAGCAGAGUUGCCUCCCAGGUUUUCCUAAGCACAAGACGUGGGUCCUGGAUUUUAAAUCGCGUUGCCGAUCACGGUCUUCCACUGGACAUGAUAAAGAUAUCACGAUUUGCCAAAACCUUGGCCUCCAUGAUGCCUAACCUUGCACAGAGCUUUGCUGAGGGACAGUUAAACAAAAAGUUUGACCAUGCUUUGUAUUCCUUGAAACCAAAGCACAGGAUUUUCCAGCAAAGUAUCGUGAUAAACGACGACCUUCCAAACAGAAUUGCCUGUGGCGCAAUUAAGAUAAAAUCCAACGUCACGCAAUUCACUGAAAACGGCGUUCAAUUUGAUGACGGUACUUUUGAAGAUGAUAUUGACGUGGUUAUCCUUGCUACUGGCUACGUGUUCGGGUUUCCAUUCAUGGAGAAGGGGCUGAUUGAUGUGCGACAGAACAAGGUGGAGCUGUUCAAGUACAUGUUCGCGCCGGAGCUGGAGCGACCGACGCUGGCGGUGGUCGGAUUUGUGCAGCCCUCUGGGGCCUUCAUGCCUAUCAGUGAGCUCCAAUGUAGACUGGCAACACGUAUUUUCAAGGGUGAUGUUAGGCUACCCAGUAAAGAUGAGAUGUGGUCUGAUAUUCGUACGAAGGCGUCUAUAAUGUCACACAAAUAUGUGGAGUGCCAGAGGCACACGAUUCAAGUGGACUUCAUACCAUUCCUUGAUGAGCUGGCUCAACUUAAUGGAUGUAAACCAAACUUUGGUGCUAUGUUCUUACGGGACCCAGUUCUGGCCUGCAAGUGUAUCUUUGGCCCCUGCACGCCAUACCAGUUCCGACUUGAGGGGCCAGGCAGAUGGAAAGGGGCCAGGGCGGCCAUCAUGACCCAGUGGGACCGAACACUGCAGCCCCUGAAGACCCGACCCCUGGGGGCUGAGGUUGAGGUCAAAGGGUCGAGUCUGGGUUUCUUGAAGUUCCUUGUGGCAUUUGUGGGACUGUUUGUGUUGCUCUUGAGUUUCUGUAUGCAGUAGUAUUGAAUUGGUCAGAGUGCUCUUAAGUAUGUCCAUGUUGGACUUGUAUUGCUUGCAAACAUUAACCAGACAGUUAACUUCAUGCAUGAUUAUUACCAGAAAUUACUGAAGAAAACAACAUGAAGCAUAGAACAUGUGAAUCAGAUGAAAUGUUCCCCAAGGAUAAAUGUUCUCCAAUGAUAAAUAUCCAUUAAGAUAAUGUUGCCCAAAGAUAUACUGUAAUGGUAUAAUUGUCCCCUACCGGUGAAACCGGAGGGGACUUAUGGUUUGGGUUCUGUGUGUCCGUCAGUCUGUGAGUCUGUCACACUUUUCUGCAUCCUGUGAUAACUUUAAAACUUCUUCAUAUUUGUCAUGAAACGUGAAACAUGGACAUAUGGCAAUAUGGAGAUUUUGCACGUCAUUUCAUUUUGUUCCUAUGUCAAGAAUUCUGGUUGCUUUGACAACAAAUAGACUAGAAAUAUUACUGAAAAUGGAGGAUCCUGCGAUAACUUUAAAAGUUCUUCAUAUUUUUUCAUGAAACGUUAAACAUGGACAGAUGGCAAUAUGGAGAUUAUUCACGUUAUUUCAUUUUGUUCCUAGGUCAAGAAUUCUGGUUGCUUUGGCAACAAAUAGACUAGAAAUAUAACUGAAAAAGGUGGAUCCUGCAAUAACUUUAAAAGUUCUUCAUAUUUUUUCAUGAAACUUGAAACAUGGAUAGAUGGCAAUAUGGAGAUUAUGCAUGUCAUUUCAUUUUGUUCCAACGUCAAGAAUUCUGGUUGCUAUGGCAACUAAUAGACUAGAAAUAUUGCUGAAAAUGGUAUAGUUUCAUCGCUCGGGGACUUAUAUUGCUUGGCAAAAGUCUUGUUGAACUUGUGAAGCCCAGUCAUUUGAUUUUAUUCCCACGUCAAGAAUUCUGGUUGCUAUGGCAACCAAUAGACUAGAAAUAUUGCUGAAAAUGGUGGAGUUUCACAGCUUGGGGACUUAUUUUGCUUGGCAAAAGUCUUGUUGAACUUGUGAAGCCCAGUCUUAGCAGAGUAUAUAGGAAUCAAUUGUAUUGCCAAUAUUAUGCUGAAUCAGUAAUUAGGGAUCAAUUUUCAGAGUUAUAAUCUGAAGUUUAGGUAUGUGUGUAAUAUUAAUUUAUGAGUUUUAAUGUUCUUAAAGUUCAUGACUUAAAAUUGUUGAACAUACAAGACAUGCAAGUACAAGUAAACAUGGAUAUAUCCUGGUGAAGUUGACAAACUGGGGGCAUUGCACAUGUAUGCAAAGAAUAUCUAUUGACCUCCCAAUAAUGAAAUGCUAUUAUAAAUCUGACAUUUUAUAAAAAUUUCAUCAUGUGGGCAAAUAUGUUCUGUAAGAGAUGAAGUAUUCCAUAUCUGAGUAACAUAAGUUAUGUUAUUGUGAAUCGUUAACACCUUUUGUAUGUGAUAUGCUUUUUGGUCAUUAAAUGU